UGCGCCUCGCCCCUCCCAGCUCGGCCGCCACCCCCACCAUGGAGCUUACCCUGAACCGCUCCGACUAUUUACAGGUAGGGGUGACCUCUCAGAAGACCAUGAAGCUGCUCCCAGCAUCUGGAUGCAGAGCGACACAGAAGGUGGUUGUUGGAGAUCACGAUGGGGUGGCUACGUGUUUUGGCAUCAAAAAAGGGGAGGCUGUGCCGGUGUUCAAGACUUUACCGGGGCUGAAGAUAGCACGGCUGGAGCUGGGAGGAGCACUGAACACCCCCCAGGAGAAGAUUUUUGUGGCUACGGGCUCAGAAAUCAGAGGUUUCACGAAGAGGGGGAAGCAGUUCCUUUCAUUUGAAACUAACCUCACAGAAAGCAUCAAAGCCAUGCACAUCUCUGGCUCAGACCUCUUCCUCUGUGCCAGCUACAUCUAUAACCAUUACUGUGACUGCAAAGACCAACAUUACUACCUGUCGGGGGACAAAAUCAACGAUGUCAUCUGUCUCCCAGUUGAAAAAUUGCCUUGUAUUGUACCCAUCCUGGCCUGUCAGGACAGAGUGCUUCGAGUUUUACAGGGGUCUGAUAUGAUGUAUGAAGUGGAAGUCCCUGGCCCCCCCACAGUCCUUGCCUUACACAAUGGGAAUGGUGGUGAAUCUGGAGAGGAUCUUCUGUUUGGAACCUCCGAUGGAAAACUUGGGAUUAUUCAGAUUGCCACGUCCAACCCAGCACAUAAAUGGGAAUUAAGAAAUGAGAAGAAGAGAGGAGGCGUUCUGUGUGUUGACUAUUUUGAUAUCGUGGGAGAUGGCGUUAAAGACCUGCUUGUCGGCCGAGAUGAUGGAAUGGUGGAAGUGUAUGGUUUUGAUGCUGCCGGUGAGCCUGUGCUCCGGUUUGACCAGGCAUUGUCUGAAAGUGUCACGUCCAUCCAGGGUGGCUGUGUGGGGAAGGAUGGUUAUGAUGAGAUUGUGCUAACCACAUAUUCAGGCUGGGUCACAGGCCUGACCACAGAGCCUGUCCACAAGGAGAGCGGCCCUGGGGAAGAACUGAAAAUAAACCAGGAGAUGCAGAACAAGAUCGCGUCCUUGCGGAGCGACUUGGAGCAUUUGCAAUUUAAGGUGAUUCAGGAAAGAGAGAAAUACCAGCAAUCGGCCCAGUCUAGCAUGGUGAUGUCAGCAGUGCCGUCCUUCAGUGUGAAUGACAAAUUCACGUUAAAUAAGGAUGAUGCCAGCUAUAGCCUCAUAUUGGAGGUGCAAACAGCUAUUGAUAAUGUCAUGGUCCAGAGCGAUGUUCCAAUAGAUCUGCUUGAUGUGGAUAAGAAUUCGGCUGUGGUGAGUUUUAGCAGCUCUGAUGCGGAGGUCAAUGAGAACUUCCUCCUGGCCACUUAUCGGUGCCAAGCAAACACUACGAGGCUGGAGCUCAAGAUUCGAUCAAUUGAAGGUCAGUAUGGCACGCUGCAAGCUUAUGUAACCCCGAGAAUUCAGCCUAAGACCUGCCAGGUUCGUCAGUAUCAGAUCAAGCCACUUUCGCUUCAUCAGAGAACUCACUUCAUUGAUCAUGACAGACCCAUGAACACGUUGACUCUGACUGGCCAGUUCAGUUUUGCCGAAGUUCACUCCUGGGUCGUGUUUUGCCUGCCUGAGGUUCCAGAGAAAGCUCCAGCAGGAGAGUGUGUGACUUUCUAUUUUCAAAAUACGUUCCUCGAUACACAGCUGGAAAGUACUUACAGGAAAGGAGAAGGAAUCUUUAAAUCAGACAACAUUUCUACGAUAUCCAUCCUAAAAGAUGUACUUUCUAAAGAAGCCACGAAAAGAAAAAUAAAUCUCAACAUAGCCUAUGAGAUCAAUGAAGUAUCUGUGAAUCACACAUUAAAGCUGAUCCACCCGAAACUGGAAUACCAGCUGCUGUUGGCCAAGAAGGUGCAAUUAAUUGAUGCUUUAAAAGAAUUACAGCUGCACGAAGGAAAUGCUGACUUUCUGAUCCCGGAAUAUCGCUGUAUUCUAGAAGAGGCCGACCAUCUGCAGGAAGAGUACAAGAAACAGCCCGCACACCUGGAAAGGCUCUAUGGCAUGAUCACUGACCUCUUCAUUGAUAAGUUCAAGUUUAAAGGCACCAAUGUGAAGACGAAAGUUCCUCUUCUGCUGGAGAUUCUGGACAGUUAUGACCACAAUGCCCUGAUUGCUUUCUUUGAUGCUGCUUAAAAUGUCAAAUGCAUGCCAUCAUCAAGAUGGCCCGGUCUGUGAAAGGAUAUUUUUUGAGUAUAUCCUCGAUUAGAUUUGGAACAUUUUUACACGGUUCGGACUCCAUCUCAAAUGUUAUCAUUUGGAUGAUGUCCUGACAUUUUUCAAGAAAUUGUAUUUUUUAUUAGAUGGUUCUUUAAAAAAAUAUUUUUUUUAAUUUUCAGCCUAAAAGAAAAGGUAAUUUUAAGAGUUAUAGAGAUGACUUAGUGACAUCAACUUCCCUGAAUAUUGGUAUUUGGGAAGUAAUAACAUUCCAAUAUGGCAGGAGAAUUGGUUUUAUGGUUUAAAACAUGCUUUCACACGUCUUCCCAUUUGAUCCUUCUCACAUCCCCAGAAAGUACAAUAGAGAAUUAUUAUUCUCACUUUACAAUGAGAGAACUGACUCGGGCACCAUGAGAGAAGGAGAUUUAGCGUCAUGGGAACACACCUUUAGAGUUGGCAAGGCCCUUCAGAUUAGGCCCCAGCCUCUUUUACAGAUGAUGAAACUGAGGCCUAUGUAAUUUGCUCCAGAUCACGUAGCUAGUGAGUGUCUGAGCCGGACUGGACCCCUGGUUUUCUGACUCCUCUUCUGUGUAUUUCUACUGUCCAUCAGACCCGUGGUGCUUUCUUGGGAUAGGUAAUGCUCUUGGUCUGCCCAUUACUGAUUUGGGAACGGGGCUGGUUAUGCUAAAUAAGAGAGCCAGCGGGGUCUUCUGGCUCAUUAUCUGUGUGUCUGAUGGCCCCCAGGAGAGAGGUGGCACCCUGGGAGAACCAGGAUUGACCCUGUGACUCAGCUCUCGAGCCCUAUGGUACCUAGGGGAUGCUGCAAAGGUGGGGGAGGGAGGGAGGGAACCUCUGCCAGUUUCUUGAGUCUUUGAGGAAAGGACCCAGACACUCUAGCACUAAAUUAUUUUCCUUUCCAAUGAACGUGAUUGUAUUUAAGUUCACAGGAAAUCAAUAAAAAGGUCAGUCUGGUUAAACAAA